ACCAAACGUAACUCAUUCAGGUUCGAAUCUUUCAUCCAUGAUAUAAAGCACUUGUGUUUUUUGUGCCGGAUACAAAGCGAAGGCGCUUUCGUUUGUUUCACUGUCAUUCGAAUCGGUGCCGAAUUCAGGAAGUGACUCAACUAAACAUGGCAUCGCUGCUGCUCUUCGGAUCACUGCUUUUAAUCUCUGGAGCAGCGCAAGGGUCCAAUACCUCCAUCCCUUUGGUCAUAUGGCAUGGAAUGGGGGAUAACUGCUGCAACCCUAUGAGCAUGGGCGGUAUAAAGAAAAUGGUGGAAGAACAACUGCCUGGUAUAUACGUGCUGUCUCUCAUGAUUGGAAAAACUAUAGCAGAGGACACAGAAAGUGGAUUUUUCAAGGACGUUAAUGAGCAAGUCGCCUUUGCAUGUGAUAAAAUAGCAAAGGACCCUAAACUGAAGGGAGGAUACAAUGCAAUGGGCUUCUCUCAGGGCGGACAGUUUCUACGUGCUGUGGCACAGAGAUGUCCUAACCCUCCAAUGAAGACUCUCAUUUCAGUUGGUGGACAGCAUCAAGGAGUUUAUGGUUUGCCUCGAUGCCCUGGUGAGAGUUCUCAUAUUUGUGACUGGAUCCGAAAGGCACUAAACUCCGGGGCCUACACAGAUGCAGUGCAGAAACACUUGGUGCAGGCGCAGUACUGGCACGAUCCACUCAACGAUGACUUGUACAAAAAGCAUAGUCUGUUUCUUGCUGAUAUAAAUCAAGAGCGGGUGGUGAAUGAGACCUACAAGAAAAACCUCAUGACUUUGGAGAAGUUUGUAAUGGUUAAGUUUCUACAAGACACCGUUGUGGACCCUGUGAUAUCUGAGUGGUUUGGCUUCUUCAAAACUGGUCAGGCUAAGGAGACUGAGACUUUGCAGGAAAGUGCCUUAUUUAAAGAGGAUCGCCUGGGACUGGCAGAGAUGAACAAAGCUGGAAAACUGGUGUUUCUCGCUACUGACGGCGAUCAUUUACAGUUUACUCAAGAGUGGUUUAACACCAAGUUAAUCCCCUUUUUGCGGUAAUCACCCAGCUGACGGUGUUAAUACCAGAUCAGUAACAAGAAGAAACAGAUCCCAUGUGCGCUCAUACCGUAAUGCUGUACUACUUAUGCCUAUCAAUUUAAUGACACAUUAUCAUUCUUACUAGAAAAUGGCUAAAUAUUAUUGCACUGAUGGUUUCCUUUAUCAAGCUGACCUGAGUUCAAUCAGAUUCACCCGAGCCUCAACUUAAAUUCAUCAUGCAUAAAAAUAUAGGUCUAGGAUGUAAAUUUGAGAUAAAACCUGCAAACAGUAAGAUAUUUUGUGUGUCCCAUUCACAUAGCUGUAAAAAUUCAAGGAAAAUCUUUGGACUUCUCAGCAAGAGCAGGUAAACCUGAUGUAGAUAAACUCAAUUUUGGCCACUCGUAACAUUUAUUUUUUAAUCUUUUCUGUAAUUUUUAAUCAUGUUGUUUUUCUUUUUACAUGUUUUAACACCGAAAUUGUAGAGUUCAGUUUGGGUACUUUUAAUUUAAAUUAAGUUCAAAUUAUGCUUCUCUUUUCCUGUUAAGCUUCAUGAACUGGGUUUCAGGCUCUAGUGUAUCUGAUUGACAGAACCCACCAAGAUUGCAUAGCUAUUAUGUUCUCCUGUAAAUGGUAUUUUAUGGCAAGGUAACUAAUAAAGUCUAAAUUGUUUUAACUGA